UCUAAAAACACAAUUAUGCAUUCGUGGAAAGCGACUUUUGUAUUCACUUCUCUUUUCCAACCAUUCUGGCCAAAUGAUUCCCCAUCUGAUGAUUCUUUUAUAAUAAACUCUUCAUUAGUACCAACCUCUUUUGAAAAUUCAAGGUCUCUAACAAUUCCAUAUUACAGGGUAGGUAAAUGGAUAGUUGCUCAAAAUGAUGAUGAAUCUGCUUAUCUAACAACUCUCCAUGAGAAAUCUGCAAAAUUAGGGGUUCCAACUUAUUUUUUAUCUGAAAAACAUAAAUCUCAAGAACCUCAUGUAAAUGGGAUACAAAUUUUAGUCUCUCCAACUACUGGAAUACUUGAUUCUCAUGCUUUUAUUAAUUGGUUAGAAUGGAAAAUUGAAGAUAUUGCUGUUAAUUCUAAAGUCACCAAUAUAAUUCCUGGUAAUGAUGGUGAUAAUAGAAGAUAUAUAGUAGAAAUUACUUCCACUUUAUCAAUUAUAAAAAUAUUUGCAAAAUCUGUGAUAAACUCUGCUGGAUUAUAUUCUGAUAAAAUAGCAAAUAUGUUAUUACCUCCUUCACAUCACUAUAAACUUUAUUAUGUUAGAGGUCAUUAUUAUGGAUAUCGUGGUAAUAAUAUAAAAGUUAAUCACUUAAUUUAUCCUGUGCCUCCAAAAAAUUUGGUAAAUUUGGGAACACAUUUGACUUUAGACUUAAAUGGUAGAAUAAAAUUUGGUCCUGAU